CAAAUAAAGAUAUGUACCAAAAAAUGGAAGAACUUCUUAACAUCUAUAAUAUGGUAGUGACGAAAAUAAGAAAACAGAACGAUGUGUUUAUUGAAGCAAAUAAAAAAAUAAAUUCAUUAGAAAUGAAAUCAGUUUCUCAAGACAAUAUCACGAUUAGUAGGGACAUUUUAUGUUUUACAAGUGAAAUGCAAAACCUGUUUGCAAGUUCCGCAAACAACAACGCUGAGAGUAUGACUAAACUCAUUCAGUUGAAAGUACUCACCGAAACUAUUAUACGAGAAAAGCCACCAGUAGAAGGAGAGAACCCCCCCUCCCCAAACAACCCAUAGCUACUGCGUAUUCUCCAUUCUUAUUCCAUUCUGGUUACAAUAAAUUAUACGAUUGAUGUUAAAAUCUCCAUCAGAAUCGUUAUAAUAACUCUAAGCUUAAGAGAUUAGAUUAAUUAGAUUAUGGAAAUAACAAGAAUACAAAGUUAUUUUUCAAGUUCUUUAUUUCUUCUACUUUCUUAAUAAAUCAAUGAUUGUAGCUACUACAAACUG